AUGCAAGAACCACCUGGUCCAAUCGAUGAAAAACUACUGGAUCAAAUCUCUGGUUCUUUGAUUGGAUUAGCUUUAGGUGAUGCUCUUGGAGCACAUGUUGAGUUUCGUCCUCAUGAGUAUUUAUUUGCAAAUCCAGUAAAAGAUUUGGAAGGUGGCGGGACAUGGGGUCUCAACAAAGGACAGGUAGCUGAAAGAUCAUUAGCAAUAUGGUCGAAUGAAUAUAUUGUGCAAUUAGUUGAAGAAAAUCUUGAAGAAAUUUUACCUAUAUUACUUCCACCAUUAUGUCGAAUAUCUAAAACACAUUGGAAUACAAAUAUAGUAACAUUAACAUAUAAUUUAUUAAGAAAUUUAAUGGAAAUUAAUAAACAACUAUGUGAUAAAGUUUUAAAUACAUUACGAGAUGAUGAAAAAAAAUUAAUAAUUAAAGAACAAGAUCGAAUAAAUUCAUGGCAACAACUUGAACAGAUUAGUUUAGAAAAACAAAAACGAUGA